AUGCGUCCAUACCGAUAUCUUCCCCUCCAACCAGGAAGGAAGAUCCGGAUCCUAAAGCUCGCUGCUGGACAGGAGGGUUGUGAUCUUGAAGGGGAGCUCAUACAUGUCGACCUAGACCAAGAUCCUGAAUACUCGGCACUGUCUUAUGCGUGGGGCUCGGAACUAGCUCCCACGAGGAUAAAGUGCAAUGGACAAGACAUAGAAAUUACCAAGAACCUUGCUCAAGCUCUUCAACAUCUUCGCCACGAGUCCGAGCCGACAUAUCUCUGGGCUGAUGCUUUGUGCAUCAAUCAGCAAGAUGCAGAGGAGAAGGGUCAUCAGGUGGUUCUAAUGAAGGAUAUCUACGCCUAUGCUCAGGAAGUUUCUGUCUGGCUUGGUCCCGAUGAGGAGCAUCAUGCCGCUGAGCUAUUCGCAAAGGUUGACGAGAUGCUAAUUCUGCUAGAGGGUUCGAUAAAGGAUGAUUUUGCACGUCUGGAUGGGGCACAGUGGAUUAAAUUUGACAUCGGGCGUCCAACCUCGCCGAUUUUGGAUAAACUAGCUCUCUUAUUCCAACGCGAAUACUUCACCAGAACGUGGGUGAUUCAAGAGGUGGGCCUUGCGAAUCGGCCAGUGGCAUGCUGCGGGAAAUCAGUUAUCAACUUCAACAAGCUUGCUGUCUUGGCUAUGGCAUUUCUCAAAUACUUCCAUUCGCUGUUAUCUUCACUGGGGUAUUUGAAAGAAUUCGAACGUGCCGCGAAUCUCUACCAGACAUACUUCCCACAGCCGGGGUCUCAACGCCUAUACGAUAUCAUCCAUCGAGCCCGCCUCAAUGAUGUAACCGACUCCCGAGAUAGAAUAUAUGCAUUUAUCUCACACCCAAGUGCACGGGAAAAUGCGAGCGAUUUCCCAUACACUGGAGAGGGCAUUCUAAAGGUGAGUUUGACCGACGAAGAUAUCAAAUUGAGGGCAUUGAGUGUAAUAGUAGCGCCUACUGCGGAUACCUGGAGAUCCGCGGCUCUGGAUUAUAUCGGGAAUCACCCCCCGAGACCACCAUCUCCAGAUGAAGUCAUGGCUAGAAAGUUCCUUCUUGAUCCUGGACAACUGCUGAAGGCUCCGAGAUACUGGCCUGGAAGCUCCUUCAUCAAGCCAAAUUACAAUCUUUCUGUGGUCGAUGUAUACCUUGAUUUUGCUAGGCAAAUGAUUAAGAGAUUUGAUUCUCUGGAGAUUCUCUCCUUUGUACAGCACAGUACCCCUCUUGCGCCUACAGGACCAGGGUUUCCCUCCUGGGUUCCCCGAUGGGACUCUCCUUCGGACGUAUUAGUCUUUGGUGGUGUUAGAUGUGACCACUUCGCAUCUGCAAAUAAACGCCCCAUCAUCACGCCUUCUCCAGACAUCGGCUCUUUGAUAGUCCGGGGACAAUUUUUUGAUCGCGUUGGACUUCACACGAUACCAUUGACUCGGGAUGACUUCACCGAUGACUCGAAAACGAGCCCAUUAUGGAGUAUGACAAAGACAUGUCAAGUGGACACUUACCCCGUCCCAGAUUACCCAAGAAUCUACGCACCGGGAGUUGUCUUGAUGCAGAAUCCAGAUCGUUUGGAGGCUUACCGCCAAACUUGGAUCGCGGGGAGGACCAUGGGAACUGGAGAUGGCCCCCGAGAUUACUUGAACCCAGAACUUGAUUUUGCAGCCCAUCAGCUUGAUUACUUCAAGCGCAAUGACAGAAAAGAACCUUUUACAGAUAUACCGCAUUUGAUGAGGAUGGCGACGCUUGAGAAUGAGGCAAAAGGUGGUAACGGAGCGAGAUAUGCCGAAGCGGCUGGGAACGCCUCACACGGGCGAUGCUUCUUCAUCACCAAGGCCGGAUUCUUUGGACUCGGCCCGAAAAUCAUAGAACCCGAAGAUGCGGUCGUCAUCUUGCUCGGAGCUGAUGUCCCCUUUAUUAUCCGAGAAAAGCCCAAAUGUGGAGAUAACUCCGCGGGAUGGACUUUGAUUGGCGAAUGCUACGUCCGUGGGCUCAUGACUGGUGAUACGAUCAGGGCUUGGGGUGGUCCAGAUGGAGAUCUUAAGGAUAUAACGCUGUGUUAG